CCGGGAGCAGCUGGACCGUCAGGCUGCGGCGCUGCAGGAGGAGAAGGUCGGGAUCUUCGCGGACAUGCUGGCCCUGGGAACGGGCUGCUCCGACCCCAAUCCCGCCCCGAGAGGGACCCCAUUCCCGGGAGACCCCGCCCGGGGACCCCGAGGGGACGCCCUCCUGGAGGACGCGAUCCGGGAGGUGGAGAGCCUGAAGGAGAUUUUCAUGGGAUGCGCCCGGGAUCGGGAUCGGGAUCGGGAUCCGAACCAGAACAACCCCCCCGAGGGCGAGAGCUGCCCCAGCCCCGGCGCCAGCAACGGAGACUCCGGAAGCUUCAACGGCUCCCUGGAAUUCCGGGCGGAUCCGGAGGCUGGGCAGAGGGUGAGUGGGGGG